CGUCUGCAACUAGCGAUUUAUCGUAGAACAAAAACAAAUAAAAAGGAGUUACUUUAGGCCAAAAACUUUCGGCCACGAUCAGUUUAUUUUAGGACUCUGCUGUUGAAUCAACUUUAGUGUAUAUUUCCCCUAAAAAAGGAAACGAUUCUGGAAAUACAAAUACAGACUGAUUGAAUCAAAAAUGAGAAUUCCCAAAUAUACCUCGGAUGCAUUUGAUAAUGUUGAAUAUCAAUUGCGUAUCACGUAUACUGUGGAAACUGAUCGUCGUAUCAUGAGUUUCGUAGACUCAAUGUGGGGCAUAGAGGUUACGGGCGGUAUCGAUCAAUUUGAACCCUUGACAAUAGUCAAUGUUACACCUACCGGUUUGGCUCGUCGUGCUGGUAUGCGUAUCGGUGAUGAGAUAACCCAAAUCAAUGAUACUCCCGCUUUGGAACUGACAUUCAAUGAGGCUUUGGAAUUGUUUAGAAAAUCAGGUCGUUAUGUUCGUGUCUAUGUAAGAGGCGAUAUCGAUGAUGAGGGUGAAGAAGAUUGGACUUGUGACUUUUGGUUUAGACCUCGUAGGCCCUGGAAACGUGACUUUAAGCCCAUACAAUGGGAAUUCCCUUGGAAUGAUCGUCGUAAGCCUAUUUAUCGUGAAUCGAAUUGUUUCAUGGUGCCCUCUCGUAUGGAAGAGAAAAUCCGUGAACGUCGUGCUGCUACCUCAGCUGUCAAGAAGAAGGAAGAAUCUGCUCCUCAUACUAGAUCUUUGACACCCACUCCACGUCCCAAAAAUCAACCCGGAGAAAAUCUAUUGAAUACUGUUUUAAGGCCUCGUGGACCACCACCCAGAGACUUGGAGUGAUUAACUAAAGAGAAAAAAUGCAUAUUUAUACUUUCUCUCCUUCUUCAUCGAUAGCGAGGAAGUGGGAAAGUGUUGUAUUAAUGUUGGAUUUAAUCUAGCUUGAUCACCAGUCAAAUAUACAAGUGCAAAUGAAAAAUUCACUAUUGGAAAAGUGUUUGAUUUUUCAUUUCAUUUGUAGCGUCCCAUGAUAUCGAAUGCUAAUUUAUGUGAUUGUAUAAAUGUUACAGAGGAAACUGAAAAGAAAAAUAUGACAUUCGAUAACAUUUCAACGAAAGGAACUCGAUAUAAAACAAAGUAGUCAAAAGCUGUCAUAUUUACAAAUUAUUAUUUUUUAAUUCUAAAUUUAAGUU